GAAACGCAGCUCGCAGUUUUCCCACUUGGUUUCAGCUGGUGUCGUGUCGGCAAGCAAGGCAAACAUUCAGUGUCGACUACAAAAGAAAAUGGUAGUUGCUGGCUUGAUCAUUUGUAAAGGCUGUCCGUCCCUGUAGGAGAUGGCAGUGAAUGUACCUCUGAAUGCGGGCCAUUCAUAUAACCGCUAUGAGCUGCUGGCUUGGCUCAAUGAAACGUUACAGACGGGCUUCACUCAGGUGGAACAGGUAUGCUCAGGUGCAGCCUAUUGCCAGCUGAUGGACUGGUUAUUUCCUGGGUCCCUGGACCUCUCCAGGGUCCGUUUCCAAAGCAAUAACAUGGUGGACUCCAUCCACAACUACAGUUUACUGCAAGCUGCAUUCAAAAAAAGUGUAGUUGUCCGACACAUCCCCAUUGAGGCGCUGAUUAAGAGAAACCCUGCCGUGGCUCUGACUUUCCUGCAGUGGUUUAAAGUUUUUUUUGAUGAGAACAACAACGGCAGGGAGUACCAUGCCUUGGAGGCCAGAGGGGGACAGAGUAUGAGUAUGGUUCCUGCUGACUCAGAUGACCUUUCCUCCCAGACCCCUCAUCAGAAACUGGAGAUUAUUGUGAAGAUGGAGGGCAACAACGUGGUCGAACCAAGAAAUGAAAAACCAAGGGAGAAUGUGAACAGGAAUGGAGAUGUGGUAGUACUGAUAUCUGAUGAUGAGGACGAUGUGGUGGAAGUGACGAUGGAGCAGAAACCCGAGAUAAUGGAGAUAACAGUGAAAGAAGAGAGUGCACAGGCACAGGAGAUAAAGAGAGUAGAGCAAGCAGAAGCAGCAGUGGACAAGGAAAGUCAAGGAAAUAGUUUCUGCAGCAGUGAUACUUUGUUGUGCUUCAUCAGAAGAUACUGUUGUGUCAAUGUGGACACAAACUCAACCUUCACUACAAGGACAGACACUCAUAUUUCUGGCCCAAAAGAAAUCGUCCACGCCUGCUCACACACACCAUACUGCCUCUACCUGUACACGGGGGUAGAGCUGGGUGGAGGACAGAGCACAAGUGUUGUCUUGAUCGGCUACUUUGACCAGAGCUCAGGGGUCAGUGUGGUGAGGCUGCUGCACACUCUACAGAUGAGUGUUGACACGGUUGAUCCACAAACCUCAGCAGACAUGGACACUGACACUAUCAGAGUCACACACACCGCAGAGUCUGACGCACGCCUUCUGGUUGAGAUGCUGAAGAAAUUCGGCCUCUCUCUGUGUAACCUUGCUGUGUUUUACUGUAACGCUCCGCACCCAGGGGUGAGCCAGGUGUUUGUGUCCCGGCUCCAGGCUUACAGCCCGAGGUUAGUGUCGCUCUGUGGCCUGCCUGGGAUGGCAGGAAGAGCCUGCCAGGCCGGACUCUUUGCUUCUUUUAGUUGUGUGGUUGACCUGGUUAGAGACAUCCAUCAUCACUACUCCACCUCCCCCUCUGUUAAUGACAGUCUGAAAGAGCUAUUUGCUAAUGCAGAGUCUUACGACCCAUCCCAUCCUAUCUCUGCACAGGGUUUAUUUAUGAUCCGCAUUGUGCAGAAGAUGGCCAGCACCUGGAGGGAGUUAGUGGAGUAUUUUAGGUCGCUGAGGCAAACAGAGGACGUUGACCGGAUCGCAACCCAGCUGAUGGAUUAUAAAGUUAAACUGCGCUUCCUUUUCCUUUCCCACACUUUGGAGCCCCUUCGAGCUCUUCAAGAACUGCAGCAGUACAGCGCAGCGGACGUGGCCGUGGAGCUCCAGCUGACCUCCAUAUUGAUUCACUCCUAUGCAGUCAGCAUCCUGCAGCCGUCCGUCGCCGAGCGCUUUCUCAGGGGACGAGAUGUGCACCUCCUCCACAAUGAAAUUGAGUUGCUCCCCGCAACAGAGGUGAACGUAGGUUCUCGUGCCAGAGACUUCCUGUGGGCCACUGCUGUUGUGGAUCUUGGGGAACAGGAGAGGAGCGACUUCCUGAAGGGUGCAGUGGCUUUCUAUAAAGCAGCUCUACAGAGUUUAGUGCAGAGUAUUCCUGAGCAGCUUGGAGACGUGGCACUGAGGAAUAUUGCCACAGUGCUGAAACGUCCUGAAAAUAUCACCGACAAUAAGUUGUCCAGACAUGUGCUGUCAGAGCUGGGAGUUCAGCUGGGUCUGUGUAAUGCCGGGUCUCCAGAGACAGAUCAGCUGGCAUUCGACUACCUCAGUUUCAUUAAGCCAGCCGAGGAGCAACAGACGAGCGGAACAGGAGAUGGUCAUUGCUGGGCAAAGAUGUGGCAUAGCGUGCGACCGUGCUCUACUCUGCAUAGACUCCUCCUGACCCUCCUCGCCCUGCCAAGCUCUCUAUGCAGGACACAGGUGUUUGCUAAGGUGUUCAACAGCACCAAGGCUCUUCCUGACAGCAACGAAACCCCCAGAGCCACACCUCAACCAGGCAGGUGGCCAGGAAGACCCCGCAUCCGCAGAAAGAAACUACCUGUCCAGGGAGGUUAUGGAGGCGGGAAGAAAGGAGAGGAGGAUGAAGAGAGUUCAUCAGGGGAUAGUGACAGUUUUGUGGCCAAACCCAGUCUACAUAUUCCUUCCAAACACUACAGCAGUAUGGAGGACUCAGACUACACAGAUAAUUCCUCUGAUGUGGUUGAAGUCACCGAGUCCAAAAUAUCUCAGAUCAGCAGACCAACAAAGGCAGAAGGCCAACAAAGUCUACAAGCAGAGUCUGUAUUCACUUUGGGCAGUGAUGACGAUGAAGAUGACGACAAUGACAACAUGGUUUCAACAGGCACACCAUCCAACUCUGGAGGUUUGCUGGUAAAGUCUACAGGUGUGAAGGGGGAACUGGUCUGGGGUAAGGUGGAGGACUUUUCUCCCUGGCCAGCCAUCAUCAUACCCUGCACAGAAGAGAAUCAGCUUCCAGGGAAGAGGAUGGUGGAGUGGUACGGACAGAGAAUGUCCUCUCAGGUCAGUUUGCAGACUACGAAACCAUUCACUGCCUUUAGCCAGUACUUCUGUGCCAGGUCCUUCGCCACCCUUGUCACCUACAAAGAAGCCAUUUUUUUGUCGCUGCAGGAGGCAGCACUUCGUUGUAAGAGGCAGUUUUCUGCGCGUCUUGACGACAGAGAUGAGCUUCUCAAGCAGAUGUUAGACUGGGCCUUUGGAGGCUUUCAACCCACUGGGCCAGACGGACUCAAACCAACAGCUUCCAUAAACGGUGUUACUAAAACAAGCAACAGGCCGAAGGUGAACAAGAAACUCUUCCCGAAAGCCACCUCUUCUCCUCGCUCCUUCAACUCCUCCGCCCCUGUGAGCAGCAAGAGCAAUAUCAGCGCUGAGAUGAAAGAAGUGGCUGUCUCCUUGAACAAACUGUCAUGUGACCCCACAGAGAAAUCCUCCCUCAAAAGUGGAGGUGGAAAACCUGAAUGGGAAGAGGGAUUUGAUUUUGUGGGAAAAGGCAGCAAAGGAAUCACGAAGGAGAAGGACAACAGAGGAGGAUGGGCAGCAGAGAAACAAGGAAAGGGAGGAUGGGAAGGGGAGAGAGAUGACUGGGAAGGAGGUUGGGAGAAGGUGAAAGGAGGAUGGGGAAGGGGGAAGGGUAAGGGAGGAUGGAAAGGAGGGAGGAGUCAGAGGAAGAAAAGCAGUCUGUUAGAUGGGUUUGAUGAUGACAUGUCACCAGAUUUUGUGCCGUACAAGAAGAGGACCUUCACCAAAGCCUACAACAAGGGCAACCAGGUGACCAGCGUCUACAUCCAGCCAGACCAGAAACUCAGAGAAGAGACCAUUUGUAGGAUCACGGACAUGAAACUGGACAUUGAAGGGUUCUGUUUGUGUUGUGGAACUGAAAACGUCGAGAUAUUCCACCCUCUGUUUAAAGGCAGCCUGUGCUUAAAGUGUAAAGAUAACUUUACAGAAACUCUGUAUCGUUACGAUGAAGAUGGGUAUCAGUCCUACUGUACCAUCUGCUGCUAUGGACUGGAGCUCAUACUGUGUGGCAAUGAUAGCUGCUGCAGAUCUUACUGCGAGGACUGUCUGAACAUCCUCGUCGGUUCGGGGACGUUUGAUUCGCUGACGCUGCUGGACCCAUGGAUCUGCUACCUGUGUCAGCCUCACCGGCCCCAUGGGGCUCUGGUUCCCAGGGAGGACUGGAGCAUUCGUGUGCAGGAGUUAUUUGCCAACAACAGCGCCAUGGAGUUUGAGCCGCACCGCGUUUACCCGUCCAUCCCUGCCAACCUGCGCAGACCAGUGCGAGUUCUCUCACUGUUCGAUGGCAUAGCAACAGGCUACCUGGUGCUGAAGGAUCUUGGCUUCAAAGUAGAGACGUAUGUUGCCUCAGAGGUUUGUGAGGACUCAGUUGCUGUAGCGGCCGUCAACCACGACGGGAAGAUCAUCCAUGUUGGUGACACCCGGUUCAUCACCCAGGAUCAUAUCAAGCAGUGGGGUCCGUUUGAUUUGCUGGUCGGCGGCAGCCCCUGUAAUGACCUCUCCAUCGUCAACCCAUUCAGAAAAGGCCUCUACGAGGGCACCGGCAGGCUGUUUUUUGAGUACUACCGCAUCCUUCAGCUGCUGAAGCCCAAAGAGGGAGACCCCAGGCCGUUCUUCUGGCUGUUUGAGAAUGUGGUCUUCAUGAACACACACGACAAAGUCAACAUCUGCCGCUUCCUGGAGUGCAACCCGGUGCUGGUGGAUGCAGUCAAAGUUAGCCCGGCCCACAGAGCUCGUUACUUCUGGGGAAACAUCCCGGGGAUGAGCAGGCCCAUUAUAGCCUCCCAGAAGGACAAGCUGAGUCUCCAGGACUGUUUAGAGAUCGGUAGAGAAGCCAGGGUCACUAAGGUGAGGACGAUCACCACCAAUCCAAACUCCCUGAAGCAAGGCAAAGAUGUGUCUCUGCUGCCUGUCCUCCAGAACGGCAGAGAGGACAACCUCUGGAUCACUGAACUUGAAAGAAUCUUUGGUUUCCCCAAACAUUACACCGACGUGAGGAACAUGAACCGGCAGCAGAGGCAGAAGGUGCUGGGGAAGGCGUGGAGUGUGCCAGUCAUCCGCCACCUCUUUGCUCCCCUGAAGGACUAUUUUGCCUGUGAGGAGCUUUUAACCGCGUCCAUUACCUCCCUUUCCUCCCCUGCCUCUCCAGAACUGCCGCAACUGGGAUAGGGGAGGUUGUGUUUUAUACCGUAUAGCAUGUAGAGAUGUGUCUGUGUGUGUCUGUACGUGUGUGUGUGUGUGUGUGUGUGUCUGUGUACGUGUCUGUGUGGAGGGUUUCUCCCUCCAUAUGUUUUUUAAGAACUAGAUGGAGCAUAAAUGGUGCCUACAGUCAGUCUCCUGUUUUCAAAAGGCCAACUCACAGACAGGCUUUUGUGGAUCACUGCCACGGGGGCAUUUUGUCCACUAUGCCCUCAAGUGUCUCGCAUCACGUCACACGUGUAGUUUCUGUGCAUGUCGGUCACUUCAGUCCCCAAAGCCACUCUUUGUCUCGGCUAGAAAAUGGCAGAUUCUGCUCCCUCCAGUUCUUGGCUUAUCCCUUCUCUUUUGCCUCAAAUGCUCCGUGCUUGUGAGCGACCAGCAACACAUUUCCGCAUGGAGGGCUAAAAAAUACCCAGUGUCCUGAAUGGUAAUCUAUUAUUACCUUUUCACCAGAGGUCUGUGAGCCUUCUCUGCAUUUGUAGCCAGCUCCCUCAUUACCGUUGAAAAUGAAUGUUUUACACUUUUUAUAUGGUUAAGUCUGUUCAAGAAACUUGUGCAGGAGGAGAGAAGGUCGGUCUCUGUAAAAGGUAAAAGCUGAUGGUGCUGCAUGCUGAUGAUGUUAUAUCAGAUUCAGCUGGUUUUCCCCAGGGCUGUGUAGUCGAUAACCGUUGAAACUGUUGUUUGUAUGGUUUAGUAUUUAAUAUGAGCAUUAUGAGAUUAUUCGCGUAUCUGGAAUAAAUAGACAUUGUGUUCAGUUGGCGAAUAUUGAAAGACAUUUUUCGUCUGUCAUUCAGCACUGCUACAUUUGAGUCAUUUUUUAAAUACAGCAUGUUGGUUUGCAAAGUGUGAAUCAUGUCGAACCUGAGAGCUGACUCUCUACUUUAUUGUCAUUAUGUGAAUCAUGUUUGUUUUUUCAAAGGAGAAAAGCAGAACUUGUGUUGCUUUUCCAUGAGAUUAUCAUCUACUGCAGUUUUAGAAAAUGUUAAAUGCUGUUCAUACAACGCGUUUCUCUUCUAUUUCCUAUGCCAAAACUAACUGAAAUGUCAGUUUCAAACAAAAAGGCUUUUGUGGCUUAUCAUCCACGGUUCAGACACUGACCUUUAGACCAUUUACGAUCUAUUUUCAACUCUUCUUUCCAUCCUUUUGUAUAGUUUUGAAUCUUUGUAUAUUUUUUAAAUCGGGAAAGUAGGGCUGCAACCAGUGUUUAAUUUAUCUGCCACGUCAUUUGGUCUGUAUAAUGUUCAAAAAGCAAAAAGUGCCCAUUGCAAUUUCCCAGAAUCCAAGGUUACAUCUUCAGAUGGCCUGUUUUGUCCAGCGAGCAGUUCAAAACUCAGAGAUAUUCACUUUACUUUUGUAUUUGACAACGAAAAGCAUCCGAUGCCAACAGUUUGACUAAUCAGUUAACCGACUGAACGUUGCAGCUCUGCAGGGAAAUGGAAAGUAGUGUUUAGUGUUUAAGGGGACACUUUGAAUUGUAUUGAUUGCUACUGCUGCAUUUUUGCUGUGUGUGUGUGUGUGUACAGGUGUGUGUGCACUGCCACUUUCACACCAACAAAACUGUAAUGGACCCAAAGUCUUUAUGUUGUUUUGGUGCUAAAUGAUAAGAGUCAUACUAAUGAAUCAUCAUCAUCAUCAUCAUCUGUAGUAUUGUUAAUAGUAACACUGGGGAUUUUUCUUACUGUGGCAAACCUGUGAAUUUGGUCGACACAUGCAACCCAUUCAUAACUUAUUAACCCUGUUUAAUCACUUAGUCUCUUCAGACUGUGAAAAAUCCAAUUCAGGAAUUAUCCUUUAGUCGAGGGAACUGAUCUUAAAAAGCUCAAGAGCAGGUGAUUCCUCGUUUUCAUUACUGCCAAGUUUAUGGUUAUUGUCAUUUCCUGACUGUACUGCCGUUUUUAACUGACUGUAUUGUUCAAUACUGACGAAUUAUUGAGUCUGAUACCUCAAAUAAUUGAAGCAUCAAAUGUUUAUAUUUUAUACAUUCUGUGAUGAAUAAUCCUCGACCGAUGAGGCACAUGUCCUGAUUGACUGAUUCUUGUAUAGCAGACUACUGUGACCUGUCCUGACUGAUGAUUGUAUCAUGAUCGUGGGCUCUGAGAACUGUUUUUGGACGAGGGGGUUUAAGUAGAGGCUGUACAGAAUUUUUGCACAUAUGGCCACAUAUCUGUAACGCCCGUGAUGAUCAUCUCUGUACUGCACCACAUACUGUUGUUUGUUGAGUUUUUUUACGUGUAUAAAUGUUCAAACAUAGAAAGGUGCUCUGUGUGUAACACAUUUUUAUCUAUUGCCAAUGCAUGUUGUAUAUUUGGGCAAGUCAUUGAAUGGAAAUAAGGAAUUUUAACUUGGGAUUGUUGACGAGACCAA